AUGGGGAUUAGAAGAGAAUGCAACGUCGUUUCGGGAGCACCGAAGAUCCGUUUAACGAAGAAACAAAUAUUCUUCCACGUUAUGAUCCAGAUGGUUUGCUACCUCACAAUCCCCAUCGGCACCAUCCUCUACAUACCCACUAUGAGGGAACGCCGAGGAGAAAUUCGAUACGGUAUCGAUGUGCCCUUAAUUAAAACAUCUAAGACAACCGAUUAA